UCAGUUGACUCACAACAAUCGGUGUGGAAGCACCAAAAAAAAAAGAAAUAAAUCAUUUGAGAAUAUCUUAUCAAUUUGAGAAUAAAAAAUCAUCACAAAAUUUUACUUUCGGUUUUGUUGAAUAGUCGAGAAUAUUUUAAAUACGAAAAAGAAUUAAUUUAUUAGAGUUUUAGAAUCGAAAGAAAAGUAAAAGUUUUAUAAUAGAAAUUACGCCUUUAAGUAAAUUCAGGUUGGUUACAUAAGAAUAAGAAAAAAAAUCGAAGAAAUUCACGAAAAAAUAAAAAAUCUUUAAUUGUCAAGGCUGUGAAAAAGUUAAAAAUAUUUCUUUUAAUAUUAUCUUAAACAGACCCAGAUAAAAGAUGCAUCGUGCUAGGACAGCUUUUAAUCUCUUAACGCCGGUAGGUCAACAAAAUUUCGGCUCAUGGUUGGUGCGUCAGCAGAAAUCGAAGAUCGCAAAUGAUUUUAUUGCUGCGUCAGCUGUUAAAACAUACAACUCAGCCGCUGCAGAGCCUUUCCUUAAUGGAUCAAGUACAGCAUAUGUUGAGGAAAUGUAUAAUGCAUGGCUUGCUGAUCCAUCAUCUGUUCAUGCUUCAUGGGAUGCUUAUUUCCGUAACAAUUCAUACUCAGCUCCACCGUCACUCGCUCCACCACCGAAAAAUCAUGUUCCUAUUUCACAAUUUGCAGGAGCUGGCUCAGCUCUCGCCCCAUCUGGAUAUGCUGGUCCACCCAUGGCUGGAUAUCAAGUCGAUGACAAAUUAGUAGAUGAUCAUUUAGCUGUUCAAGCUAUUAUCAGAAGUUAUCAGUCUCGUGGUCACUUGAUGGCUGACUAUGAUCCAUUGGGUAUCAUUAAUUCAGAAACCCAAAUAGGUCCUGAUGGCGUCACACGUAGAGCUAACGAAAAAGUUACUCGCAACUAUAUGUUAUUUGGCGAACAUGAUAUGGACAGAGUAUUUAAACUUCCAAGUACAACAUUUAUUGGCGGCAAAGACAAGUUCCUCCCAUUACGUGAAAUCUUAAAUCGUCUCGAAAAUGCUUAUUGUAAUAAGAUUGGCGUUGAGUUCAUGUUUAUCAAUUCGUUGGAACAAUGUAAUUGGAUUCGUGAGAAAUUCGAAUCACCAAAUGCCAUCAACUAUUCAAAUGACGAGAAAAGAUUAAUUUUAGCUCGUUUAACACGUGCAACUGGUUUUGAAGCCUUUUUGGCAAAGAAAUUCUCAUCUGAAAAACGUUUUGGUCUUGAGGGUUGUGAAAUUAUGAUUCCAGCAAUGAAGGAAGUCAUUGAUACAUCAACACGUUUGGGAGUUGAAUCUAUUAUUAUGGGAAUGCCACAUCGUGGUCGUUUGAAUGUUCUUGCCAACGUUUGUCGUAAACCAUUGCAUCAAAUUUUCACACAAUUUGCCGGUUUGGAGGCUGCUGACGAUGGAUCUGGUGAUGUCAAAUAUCACUUGGGAACAUACAUUGAACGUCUCAAUCGUGUCACAAACAAGAACAUUCGAUUGGCUGUCGUUGCAAAUCCAUCACAUUUAGAGGCUUGUGAUCCAGUUGUACAAGGAAAGACAAGAGCUGAACAGUUUUAUCGCGGUGAUGGUGAAGGAAAGAAAGUCAUGUCUAUUAUGCUUCACGGUGAUGCUGCUUUCUGUGGUCAAGGUGUUGUUUUUGAGACUAUGCACUUGUCAGAUUUGCCCGAUUAUACAACACACGGAACAAUUCACAUUGUCGUUAAUAAUCAAAUUGGUUUCACAACUGAUCCUCGUCAUUCACGUUCAUCACCUUAUUGUACUGACGUUGCUCGCGUUGUAAAUGCUCCUAUUUUCCACGUUAAUUCCGAUGAUCCAGAGAGUGUGAUGCAUGUUUGUCGUGUUGCUGCUGAAUGGCGUGCUACUUUCCACAAAGAUGUUAUUAUUGAUAUCGUCAGUUAUCGUCGCAAUGGACACAAUGAAAUUGAUGAACCUAUGUUUACACAACCACUUAUGUACAAACGUGUUCGACAAACCAAGCCAGUUUUGGAUCUUUAUGCAAAUAAAUUGAUUGAAGAAGGAUGUGUUACAUCUGAGGAAGUAAAGAGUGUUCGCGAAAAGUACGACAAGAUCUGUGAAGAUGCUUUAGAGCAAGCAAAGACAGAAACACACAUUAAAUAUAAGGAUUGGUUAGAUUCUCCAUGGUCAGGUUUCUUCGAAGGCAAAGAUCCAUUGAAGAUUAGUGCUACUGGAGUUCCAGAAGAGACUUUAAUCCAUAUCGGAAAUAGAUUCUCACAACCACCUCCAAAUGCAGCUGAAUUUAUCAUCCACAAAGGUUUAUUGCGUGUCUUGGCUGCACGUAAAGAUAUGGUUGAUACUCGUAUUGCUGAUUGGGCUUUGGCAGAAGCAAUGGCAAUGGGUUCAUUAAUGCGUGAAGGAAUUCACGUCAGAUUAUCUGGUCAAGAUGUUGAACGUGGAACAUUCUCACAUCGUCAUCACGUACUCCAUCAUCAAGAAGUCGAUAAGGCUACAUACAGACCAUUAUGUCAUCUUUAUCCAGAUCAAGCUCCAUAUACAGUUUGCAAUAGUUCCUUAUCAGAAUACGGUGUUCUUGGCUUUGAAUUGGGAUACAGUAUGACAAAUCCAAAUGCUCUUGUCUGUUGGGAAGCUCAAUUUGGUGAUUUCUUCAACACAGCUCAAUGUAUUAUUGAUCAAUUUAUUAGCUCUGGUCAAGCUAAAUGGGUACGUCAAAGUGGAUUAGUUAUGUUACUCCCCCAUGGAAUGGAAGGUAUGGGACCUGAACAUUCAUCAGCCCGUUUAGAACGUUUCCUUCAAAUGUCAGCUGACGAUCCCGAUUAUUUCCCACCAGAAAGCGAAGAAUUCGCUAUUAGACAACUUCACGAUAUUAACUGGAUCGUUGCUAACUGCUCAACGCCUGGCAAUUAUUUCCACAUUCUUAGACGACAAAUUGCCAUCCCAUUCAGAAAACCAUUGAUUUUGAUGACUCCAAAGAGUUUAUUGAGACAUCCAGAAUGUAAGAGCAGCUUCUCUGAGAUGGUUGAAGGCACCGAAUUCCAACGUGUCAUUCCUGAUCGUGGACCAGCAUCUGAAAAUCCAAGUGGAGUCAAACGUAUAAUCUUCUGUACUGGACGUGUGUAUUAUGAUUUAAUUAAAGCUCGUCGUGAUAAGGGUCUCGAAGGUGAAAUUGCUAUCUCAACAGUUGAACAAAUCUCACCCUUCCCAUAUGACUUAGUGAAGAAUGAAUGUUUCAAAUAUGCAAACGCUGAAAUUGUGUGGGCACAAGAAGAGCAUAAGAAUCAAGGUGCAUGGAACUACGUUUUACCUCGCUUUGAGACAGCAUUGAACUCGAGUCGUGACACACGGCCGCACGGCCCGAAUGUCACCAUGAGCACGCGUAAAUCGAGUGCCUGUAAAUAUACCAACUUUAAUGCUCCUGACCAGGAAGCUGCGAAAUUGCUAUCACGCAGAACACCAGUUCGAACUGUUAGCUAUAUGGGUCGCCCUUGUGCAGCAUCAACUGCAACUGGUUCAAAAGCUCAGCACAUGAGAGAGCUUAACAACUUCUUGAAUGAAGCCACAACCUUCUAAAUAGAUGAAUUCACUAUCUUACUUUAAAACAACUAUCUCUCGACAAAUUUAACGAUGAAAAUAAUUUUUAAUGCGUUCACACCAACCGACUUUUUAGACAUCAAUGAAAACUUUGUGAGGAACUAAUGUCAACUGUAAAGCAAACUUUUAGAGCAUCGAAUGUGCUUUCAUCUUAGAUUUUAUUAUUAUUUUUUUAUCUCAUCAUGUCAUUUUGAUCAUCCUAGGAGAUUCUUUUUCGAAAAGUUUAAGGAAGAAGCGUCAUAUGUUGAAGGAAUUGACUGAAAAACAAAACAUAUAUUAGAUUUUUAUGUCAUUUAAUCAAACUAUCUUAAGAUUUUGUGAUAAAUAACAUAUUCUGAUCACUCGUGAGCAAUUUGAUCUGCAUUUGCAGAAUUUUAGCUACAAGAGUAAAGUCAGAGAUAUUCGAGCGAAAAUAACGAUCGAUUUGAGGCAGUUCCAACAACAUUUGAUCUGAAUCCUUAAAGAAAAAAAAAACCAUGAAAAACUAAAUUAUUCAUAACUGAUUAUUUAUUUUAAUCUUUAAGUUAAGAUCGUAAAAAUAUUCAUUAGACAAAGUUCUUAUAAAAAUUUAUUUCUCUAUUUUGUGUUUAUCGUUUACUUAAAAACAAACUGAUUAAUUAAAGCUUGAAAUCUUGCUUUUUGAUUAGACUUAAUUUGACAGACAUUUUUCUUGUGAGACAUACGUUAAAUUGGAAUUAUGUCUCCUGCUUAGUUUUUUUUUCUUUAGCAUUAAAAAACCGAACUUAUACAGUGUUGAUAAUUAAUUUAAAUUAUUACUUCUAAUGGAGAAAAAAAAUGAAAAAAUUAGUUUAUAGGCAUAAAGACUUGUUAUAUUUGUAAAUCAUACGAUGCAGGAAUCAUCAAUCAAAUUGAAUUUAGAUUGACGAUAAGAAAAACAUAAAAAAUGGAACAUUUCUUUAUUCUUUGUAAAAGGAAAUAAAAUUUAUGAAAAUAAAAAUAAAAUGAAAAAACUUAUGAAUUAUUUUCAAAGCUUAGAAUAACUUAGUGAAAAUUGAUCCCGUGACAGAAAAUUAUAUAAAAUAAUUUAUUCAAUAGGUCGGUGCUUCUCAAACUAGUUUUGACUCUAAUUUGUCUCAGCACAUAGUUUGAGAACCACUUUAUAAUUGUUCGGAUGAAAUUGAUAUAUUUUUGUCGUGUUGAUUAAACUUGAUGAUUUAUUUGUCCCAAUUUGGUCUACAUCUGUGCGUCUAAGAAAAAAUAAAGUCCCUUUUAAUUCUAUAGUAUUUAUAUCUAUUUGUGCAAAGAAUAUUCACUAAGCCCCACCAUACACGUCUUGUAAUAAUAUUAAUAUUUAAAAUAUUGAGUUGAUUUAUUUUGUGUCAAAAAAUCAUUGUGAAAAUCGAUCAACAUGACAAGAAAAUAUGAUUAAAUCUGCAUUAGCGAAAAAUAUGAGAAAUUUAAUUACCUGUUACACAGCAUAGAAAAAUUGUCAUGCUAAGAAAAAUAUUAAACCAUGUAGGUGCUAAACAAAUGUGAAAAAAAACUAGCUCUUAAGCAUUUUAUCAAAAUUUUUACAUAAAUCAUAAACCAGAUAAUUUAUGACCUGAAAAGAUGCGAAUAAAUUGGCAAAUACACUAAUUUUUGAGAUGGUUUUUUUACCCACACAGAACAGUCGAAUGAAAAAUGCUUUAAGAUCGCUAUCUGCACCUUACAAGAAAAAAAUGUACUUUGUAAAUAUGAAACUUCUUUAUUGCUUAAAAAUAUUAUUAUUUUUAUCCAUAUAUACAUUGAAUUGAAAAAAAAAACUUAAGAAAAUGAACCUCAACAAAUAUUUGCACGAUCACUUUUUACAAAAUUAAGAGAAAGAAAUUAUAAAAGUAAUAAAAUUUGAUAGAAAUUGCUUCAUCAACAACAAAAGCGACGCAGCAACAACAUUUAAAUUUUUUUUGCACCAAUUUGUUGAAUUUAAAACAAAUUUGGACAGAUUACAGAAAUAUUAAAUGUUUGACGAUGAAAUAAAAAUGCAAAAAACAACUUAAAAUCUGGACUUAACAUUAAUUAAUCUCUAAUUUUAUAAAU